UAAAAACUUACUUAAAAUUCUCCUUUCAGCUAAUUUUGAAAAGAAAAAUAAAACUAGGCUGAAAAGGCAACUAUAACCCUCUAAAAACUCUCAAUUACAACGAUAAACCAAAUGAAUGGGGAUAAAUAAGUCAAAGAAUGGGAAUAAGUAUGUCAAGGAAAGCAAAAACGAAAAAUAAAGCCCCUUUGUCCCCGACACACCAAGCCACCACCAUUUCCUCGCACCAGAAGAACCUGCAGAGUGGUUGCGCAGCCCUCCCUCUUCUUUUCCGGACGUUGAAAGGUUCAAAUAUCAGCAGUAAUUGUUCAUUUGAAGAGAGACUCUACACACAGUAUGCAGAGAAGAAUAAUAUGGAAGACUUGUCAUUUUGCAAGGAUUCGUUGCCUUGUUGAUCAAAAGGCGUGUUUUACAUCCAAGAGAACCCUUACUGUAGGAGGAGAAACAGAUGAUCCUUUGUAUGCUGAUGUACCGAGACCUCCUAAAAAAAUGUCAGAAAGGAAGCCUUACCCUAUACCCAUGAAGGUUUUGAUUCGAAGAGCCAAGGAGGAGAAAGAAGCCCGGAAGGCUGAGCCUUGCAGGAUGCUUGAAGAACCACCUGAUAAUGGAUUGUUGGUCCCUGAAUUGGUUGAGGUAGCUCAUCAAGUUUACCAAGCUCGAAAGUCCCUCCUGUUUGGCUUGUCAAAACUUGUCCAAGUUGUUCCUGUCCAACGGUGCAGGUUUUGCUCUGAAGUUCACAUUGGACAUGUCGGUCAUGAAAUACGAACUUGUACAGGCCCAAACAGUGGUUUUAGGAGUGCGACACAUGUUUGGAGGAAAGGAGGAGUUCAACAUGUGGUUUCCUUUCCUAAAUGCUUCCAUCUUUAUGACCGUGUUGGAAAACCAAGAGUUGGGCAUGAUGAGAGGUUUGAAAUCCCACGAAUCCCGGCCAUUUUGGAGCUCUGUAUACAGGCUGGUUUAGAGAUUGAAAAGUACCCAACAAAGAGAAGAACGAGACCUGUAUAUAGUAUCGAAGGAAGAAUUGUAGAUUUUGAGUCGGUUAACAAAAUGGAUGAUGUGAAUAGGAACUCAUAUUCUGGGAUUGUUGAUCUCGUAGUACAUUCUGAUAUUAAAUCUGAUGUUGAGGAGUUGAGGAAUUCAGAUUCACAGAGUGAUACUAACCUUGUGGAUAAAACAUUAGUGAGCGAUAAAGUGGGGAAGUCUUUGAGCGAGUUAAGUAUUAUUACAAUGGACUCAUGGUUUGAGAUGAUAUCCGGAGCAAAGAAGAUCAUGGAGAAAUACAGUGUGAAGACUUGUGGAUAUUGUUUAGAGGUUCAGGUAGGUCCCAAGGGGCACAAAGUGAGGAUGUGCAAGGCUUCAAAGCAUCAAUCUCGUAAUGGUUUGCAUGCUUGGCAAGAAGCAACAAUAGACGAUCUUGUGGGUCCGAAUUAUGUUUGGCAUGUCCGCGACAUAGAUGGUCCUGCUCUGGAUAACAACCUGAAGAGGUAUUAUGGGAAGGCUCCAGCUGUGGUGGAGCUAUGCGUGCAGGCAGGGGCACCUGUGCCAAAUGAAUAUAGGAGUAUGAUGAGAUUAGAUGUAGCUUCUCCAGAGCGCGACGAGGUUGAUCUGGUUGCUUGAGAUAAUGUUCCUCUAUGUAGAUGAAUCGGAUGUAGUAAAAUACAACUCCUGGUGUAUUAGAUCGAAGUAUUAUAUACUUCCCUAUUGUGGCUUAUGAGUGCGAGUGUUUUGUCCAAAUGGUUAGUGUCUUACUUCUCUGGAUUCUGUUGCUCGAAUUUGUCAAGUGAAAGAGAGCUAUAGGAUGAAGUAUAAAUUCAAAUUUUCUUAAUGUCGACCUGCAACUUAGCGCAGUCGAACAUUCGUCAUAUAGAAGUAGAAAUUCACAUUUCCUGCCUUGGUUUGACAUUAUACUAACACUGGAUGGAUGUAGAUAGAAAUUAUUAAGCUUAU